GCUAACACAUCUCCUCCCUCCCCUCUCGACAGUCUCCGUCUCGCCGGCCGUCCGGCAGCAAUGGACGGCGCCGUCCAGGCGGCGCACAGGCGGUGCGACACGUUGGGGAGCGGAUCGCAGUACAGCUUCAGGACGUCGGUGAGCAGCGUCGCGGAGAUUCCCAGCGAGGUGGAGGAGGUGAGCCCGCCGCCGCCGCCGCCGGCGGAGGAGGACAAGGUGUUCGUGGCCGUCGCCGCGGACGUCAAGCACGGCAAGAGCACCUUGCAGUGGGCUCUGCAGAACCUGGCGAAGGAUGGCGCCAAGGUCGUGAUUGCUCAUGUCCACUCCCCCGCGCAGAUGAUCCCGAUGAUGGGGGCAAAAGUUCAUUAUACCAAGAUGAAUCCAAAACAGGUGAGCGACUAUAGGAACAACGAGAGAGAAAAGGCAGAGGAGAAACUCGAUGAAUAUCUUCUGAUAUGCAGAAAACUGAAGGUCAGCUGUGAGAAAUUAAUAAUUGAGGAGGAGGACAUUGCUAAAGGGCUUGAAGAUCUUAUAGCCCUUAAUGGCAUCACCAAGCUUGUGAUGGCAGCAGCAGCAGAUAAACACUACUCAAGGAAAAUGAACACACCGAAGUCCAAGACAGCACUCAAAAUAUUGGAAGUAGCAGACCCGUCAUGUAAGAUAUGGUUUACCUGUAAAGGACAUCUGAUAUGUACCAGGGAAGCAAAUACAACAGUUCCUGCGAUACCACCAUCACCUGCACACACAAUUGCAUCAACGUUGUCAUCAAGCAGCAUCACCAGCCGUAUGAGAUCAAUGACAAUGAACCCGUCAGAGAGUGAAGCAUCAAGCUCAAGCGGAAGUCCAAGGCACGAUCUCAACAGAUCAAGAACAGAAGUGGCUAGGUAUCCCUCUCAAGGAUGUGGCACUACACCAUCUCAGCUGUUUGAACAUUCAAAUCAAAACAUCAAUGACGGACCGACAAGAACAGCAAUAGGUUCUAUAGAUUCCUGGGAUGAAUUUGGCAGACCGCAAAACUCAUGGUACAAUUCAUCAAGAAAUAGUGAUGCAGUUAGGGUCCCUGGAUCAGCAAUGCAGCAGCCCAUGUAUGAACCUGAGGAUGACCAUUUUGCAUCUCCUCGUGAGCUGGAGAAUUCAGGUGACGAUGCAGACAUAUAUAGUAGACUUCAAGAGGCUCUUCGUGAAGCUCAAGGCUUGAAGAAAGAGACAUAUGAAGAAUCAACCAGGCGUCGGAAUGCUGAAAGAAAUCUAAUUUCAGCUCUUCAGAAGGUCAAAGAGUUGGAGAGCCUGUAUCAGAAGGAAAUCAUGCAUCGGAAAAUAACUGAAGAGGCGCUCGAGAAGCAGACACAGGAGACAGAAGAGAAGAAAGAGGCACUCGAGAAACAGAUACAGGAGACAGAAGAAACGAAAAGGCAGUAUAAUGCAAUACACGACAAGCUGCAUGAUGUACAAGAGCACAAGCUCAUGGUGGAGCACCGCAUGACCGAAAUGCAAGCGGUUCUUAAAGAACACGAAGAGAGGCUCGCAGAGAGCAAGCAUCUUCUCCUGGUGCUCCAAGCAGAUAAAGAGAGGCUACAACAAGAGCGAGACGCCGCAGUAAGUGAGGCUCAAGACCUGCGCUGGAAGAACAAACAGAGAAUCCCCAUGCCAGGGGAAGAUCUAAGCACCGAGUUCUCCGCCUAUGAGCUUGAACAGGCGACCAGAGGCUUCGACAAAGAACUCAAGAUCGGUGAGGGUGGAUUCGGGAGCGUCUACAAAGGCACACUCCGCAACACAACUGUGGCCAUCAAGAUGCUGCACCCGAUGAGCAUGCAAGGGCAGUCGGAAUUCGACCAGGAGGUUGCUGUUCUCAGUAGAGUACGGCAUCCGAACCUCGUCACGCUGAUCGGUGCUUGCCGGGAGGCGUUUGGCCUGGUGUACGAGUUCCUCCCCAACGGCAGCCUCGAGGACUGCCUGGCCUGCCUGAACAACACGCCGCCGUUGACAUGGCAGGUGCGCACGAAGAUCAUCUACGAGAUGUGCUCGGCGCUGACCUUCCUCCACUCGAACAAGCCGCACCCGGUUGUCCACGGGGACCUGAAGCCGGCGAACAUCCUCCUCGACGCCAACUUCGUCAGCAAGCUGGGCGACUUCGGGAUCUGCCGGCUCCUGAUAAAGUCGAAUACCACCGCCGCCGCCGCCGCCGCCACCACCACCAUGUACCGGACCACCACACCGAAGGGGACCUUCGCGUACAUGGACCCGGAGUUCCUGACCACCGGCGAGCUGACGCCGCGCUCCGACGUGUACUCCCUCGGGAUCAUCAUCCUGCGGCUCCUGACCGGGAAGCCUCCCCAGAAGAUCGCCGAGGUGGUGGAGGACGCGAUCGAGAGCGGCGAGCUGCACUCGAUUCUCGAUCCCUCCGCGGGGAGCUGGCCGUUCGUGCAGGCCAACCAGCUAGCGCACCUCGGCUUGCGCUGCGCCGAGAUGAGCCGCAGGCGCCGGCCGGAUCUCACGGGCGACGUGUGGAAGGUGAUCGAGCCUCUCAUGAAGGCCGCCUCGCUGACCGCCGGGAGGCCGUCGUUCGUCGCCCGGCCGGACGACGCCCCGCCGCCGUCCUACUUCGUCUGCCCGAUCUUCCAGGAGGAGAUGAACGAUCCCCACAUCGCGGCGGACGGGUUCACCUACGAAGCCGAGGCCAUCAGGGGGUGGCUCGACAGCGGGCACGACAGGUCGCCGAUGACGAACCUGAGGCUCGACCACCGGGAGCUCAUCCCGAACAGAGCGCUCCGCUCGGCGAUCCUCGAGUGGCAGCAACAGCAACAGCGACAACGGCAUCCGCAGCAGCAAGAGGACUGACUGCACAUGAGCAGCCU